UUAAACUUCAUUCCAACUCCUUCAAACAUUUUAAUUUUUGUAUUCUAUAAUCUGAAUUUACCUCCAGAAUUCUACAACUUUUCUCUUGGAAGAUGAUCUAACUUUAGGUUAGUCAUAGCGACUGUGCAUAAUUGCUCAGGAUUUAGUGUGACUGUGACACUACAAAAUUGUAGUAGAACGUGAUUAGGCUUUCUCGGAUUCAACUUGGUGAAAUAUUGUAUUCAUUGUACUGUUUUCGUCUUGUCAUGAAGCUUAACGACUCAAGCUAAUUGAAAUACAUUAGAUUGGGUAAUUAAGAAGAUGGAGGAAUCAUUGGUGCAAAUCGGAGGAAGAAUGUUGUUGUGAUUAAUUUUAAAGUGACGAUCCUUGUAUAGAAAACUGAUUUAUUUUGAUACUGGAAACCGUUUCAUACAGCGCUCCAUCUCAUUCAUGGGCUGUAUUGAAGUUUCUACGGUAUUAAAUGGGAUUUCGGUGAGGCAAAAUCCAGUGCGUCCCUGUGUUGCUCGUCGAGCCAGUCGAUACAUAAGUUCAGUUCGUUGUAGGUCACUGUCAUCACUUUUAUUAUUCAUAGGUCUUCUGAUAGUAAUGGUCACAACCCUUUUUCUAGGAUAUUUUUAUCAUGCAUCAGGUGAGGAGGGAAGCACUAUGGAGGAAGAGAAUGAAGUCGAAGGUCAUACCUUUUGCACUUCGGAAGUUCAAACAACAAUACCACUUCUAAGGGAAGUAUAUGAUGAUACCAUGACCAAAGUGUUAUAUGUUGGCCCUGAUACUUGUUCGAUGAUUUCCAAAUUACUCAUAGUCGACGAAGAUGAUUAUGAAGCUUGGGGUGUGGAACCAUAUGACUUUGAUUCUAGUUACUUCCAUUGCUGGGAUCUCAUCCAUAAAGGCAUCAUCCGUGUUGCCGAUGUUAAGUUUGAUCUGCCUUAUGAGAAAAAUUCAUUUUCUCAUGUUAUAAUUUCAGAUACUUUGGAAUACUUCUCUUCACGAUACCUUAACAGCACAAUUUUUGAGUUGAUGAGGGUGUCUAGAGAGGGUGUUAUCAUAUUUGCUGGUCAUCCGGAUUAUCCAGUUUCAGAAUUUACCAGAUACAAAUUUGACCAUGAGGCCAAACUCCGAAGUCCUUCGUGGUGGAAAAGGUAUUUAAGUCAAAAGAAUUUGGAAGAGAAUGAAGCUGCUAGAAAGAGGUUUAAAAAAAUUUUAAGGGAAAUUUCAUAUAAACCAGCAUGCCAAGUCUUUUUUCUCAAGUCAGGAUGAUGCCAUUAUCAAAUUUUAGAAAUAUUUUUUGGUUUUAUUUCUUUAGCAAGUAGAAACCAUUCUUCAGGGUAAUUUAUUAGAGUAGCUCAUUCAUUUUAGAAUAGGAAAAUUAUCGCAAGUUCAUUUUAGUUUUAGGCUGAAGAAUAAUUUAGCCAUUUUGUUUGAUGAAAAGUUACCCUUUGAAAAAGUUGGCAUGGAUUUGCUCCAUGGUUUCUA